AUGACCCGGUUCACCCUCCCCCUCCUGAACCUUCUCUGGGCUGCAGCUGGGACCAGCACCUGGACCCGAAGUUCAUGCUCUGUUCCCCCAGCACAGCAGCCCUUGGUUCAUGGCAUACAAGUGCUCAUGGAGAACUCUGUGACCAGCUCAGCCCACCCCAAUCCCAGCAUCCUGAUUGCCAUGAACCUGGCUGGAGCCUACGACAUGGAGGCCCAGAAGCUCCUAACUGACAAGCUCAUGGCCAGUGACAGUGCAGACCUGACCAUUGGUCAACUUGCCCUUACCAUCAUGGCCCUCAACUCCUCCUGCCAAGAUCCUGGGAAUAAAGUGUCAGUUCUGCAGAGACAAAUGGAAAGCUGGCCACCCUCAAGUCCCAGUGUUCCAGCUUCAACCUUCUAUGGGCCCAGUCUGGCGGUCCUGGCAUUGUGCCAGGAGAACCCAACAAGAACCUUACCCAUAGCAGCCCGCUUUGCCAAGAUCCUGAAGUUUGGUUCCUCCCCCUUCUAUAUGGACACAGGAGCUAUGGCGACCUUGGCCCUGACUUGUAUGUACAACAAGAUCCCAGGAGGUUCAGAUGAAGGUUACAAAAUUCUGUUCGGUGAGGUACUACAGGAAGUCGUGAAGAAUGUCAGCAUGAGGAUCAAAGAGAAUGGAAUCAUUGGAGACAUCUACAGUACUGGCCUUGCCAUGCAGGCUCUCUCUGUGACACCUAAGCAACCUAACAAGGAGUGGAACUGCCAGAAGACCAUGGACACAAUACUUCAGGAGAUUGAGCAGGGGAAAUUCCACAAUCCCAUGUCCAUUGCCCAAAUCCUCCCUUCCCUGAAAGGCAAGACAUACCUGGAUGUGCCUCAUGUGUCCUGCAGCCCUGGUGUUGAAGUGCAACCAACUCUCCCCACUCAACCCAGCCCUGUUCCCACCACAGCAUCCAACAUCACCAUCAUAUAUACCAUAAAUAACCAGCUGAGGGGAGUGGGUCUGCUCUUCAAUGAGACCAUGGACGUUAGUGUGAAAGGUGGAUCGGUACUACUUGUUGUCCUAGAGGAAGCACAAAGCAGAAAUCCCAUGUUCAAAUUUGAAACCACAAUGACAUCCUGGGGCCUUGUCGUCUCUUCUAUCAAUGAUAUCACUGAAAAUCUUCAUGAGCGGACAUACUGGCAAUUCCUUAGUGGCAAGACACCUCUGAGUGAAGGAGUUGCUCACUACAAACCCUCCGACCGUGAGCACAUCACGGCCAAUUUCACACAGUACUAAGGACAAGAUACACAAGUGACGUAUGCCAAGUCUGCGAUUGAAGAUCACACCCUGAUGAGGAAAUGGAACUACAGAGACCCUCCUCUAGCCCCUUCCAACUAAGAUCCUGUAAGUCUUUGAAAUGACAAAGAAUCUUGCUCAGAAGCACAAACACCUUUGAGAUUUUUAAGAAGAAGAAGAGGAAUAACAACAACUACAACAAGAAUCC